AUGUGACUUCACAGUUCACUUCACACUUGUAAUAAGUUGUAAUAAUUUUACAAAUUAUAUUACAAUAGGUAAUUAUAUUAAUAUUUGUAUUUACUUCCACGAGAACAUUGCUUAUACUUUUGAUUCAAAGUUGUAAACUAUGAGUAUCUCAUAUCCAGGGGCACACACGUGUGUUACGUGUCAGAUUGUCUUUGAAACAGGCGAUACUCAUCGAGUGCAUUACAAAACAGACUGGCAUCGUUACAACUUGAAAAGAAAAAUUAUUAACCUGCUUCCCGUUGAUCUACCGACGUUUAACUCGCGCAUUCUUAGUCAACAGAUCAAAGAGGAACAAGAUAAUUCAAAGAGUUCUAUUUACUGUACAAUAUGUAGAAAAUCGUAUACUUCACAAAAGUCGUUUGACAAUCACUUAUCGUCCAAACAACACAAAAGCUUGGCUGCUGUGUCCGAUAACGAUAACAAAGACAUUGGUGUACCAGCCGAGAAAAAAAUCAAUAAGCCAGUUGAAGUUAUUAAUAAUACUGAGGAGAGUGACGAUGAGUAUGAGGACGUGGACGAAGACGAUGAAGCGUGGGAUGGUGUAGUCAGUGACAACAACCCAAUUAUUAACAAUAUCUGUUUGUUUUGUCCGCAUAGCAGUGAAAAUAUGUUUGAAAACCUUAAGCACAUGUCUGAUGAACAUUCAUUUUUCGUACCAGAUAUUGAAUAUUUGGUAGACAUGAAAGGAUUGUUAGUGUAUUUAGGAGAAAAAAUAUGUCAAGGUUUCAUGUGUUUAUGGUGUAACGAUGCUGGUAAAAAUUUCCGAACAAUGGAGUCUGCACAAGCUCAUAUGGUGGAUAAAGGUCAUACAAAAAUGGCUCACGAAGGCGAAGCUCUGUUAGAGUAUUCAGAUUUUUACGACUAUUCUUCUAGUUAUCCAGAAAAUGAUACCGAAGACAAUUAUCGAAUUGUUGAAGAUGUCAACUCUCAGUUGAUAUUACCUUCUGGGGCUAGAAUAGGAAAGCGAUCGCUUAUGAGAUAUUAUAGGCAAAAUUUAAAUCCGAAUAGCAAUGUUGUAGCAUUGAAAGGGAAAAAGUUCGACAAAAUCAUCAACCACUACAGACAUAUUGGGUGGACAGGAACGUUCCCCGCUGCUGCUGCUAGGAAAGCCAGAGAUUUGAAAAUCAUGAGACAAGUUCAAUCAAAAAUUUACAUGCAGUUGGGUGUGAAAGCAAACAAAUUCCAAAAGCAUUAUCGUCCACAAGUGAACUUUUAGAUUUUAUAUUAAAUAUGCUGAAAUUCUUAUUGUAUUUUUAUAGCUGUUUUUCCUUGUAAAACAUUAUAAUGACAAUUAGAGUAACUGCAUUUUAAAAUAAAUUACCUUGUUUAAUUUGUCUAAA